AUGCGGUCCCAUACACGCAUCCUCGCACGCAGAGCAUUAGCACCAACUAGCACACGCACAUUCUUCUCCUGGUUCAAAGCAGCCCCCAAAUCCCCGUUCACCGCCACUCCACAAUUAUCCUCGACGGAUCUCUUCCACCCCCUCUCCCACUCCCCCUUUACCGCCCUCAUCGAAAAGGCGGACCGGAUCAAAGCGGCCUCACUAUGCCCAGUGUCUUAUGAGCGGUAUGGCGAGCGUGUCAGGCCCGGAUUUGAUUGUCCGGAUUGCGGGUUUCCCACCCACCGCGACGAGCAGCGAUGGACUGAAGGGCGGGCGGAGCAUUCCGAGUUUUGCGGGCGGUUGAGAGAAGUCAAUGAGGAUGAGCACGACAUUAGGUCUGGGCGAAAGCUGUCAGAGUUUGAAAAUAUGCCAGCGGAACAGCCAUACGAAGCGGCCGUGUCGUUUUCGACGUGGGACAACUUUUUCUUCACCCGGGACUUUCCAUCGAUAGAUAGCGAUCGCGCGAUACGACACGUCUCCAAGGUGUUGACGUAUCCUAUCACUAUCGCGGGGGUGCUGCAUCAGAACGGCCCUUAUACCUACGGGAAUAGCCGGAUCACGAGCGAGGGCAGACGGAGCAUGGCAGCGAUCCACUCGAUUCUGCAUCUUCCCCCUGGAUCAUCAUCGGAUACGGCGCCCGAGAAACCCCAACCCCCUUUUCGUCUCUUCCUUCUAGGCGCCCGCGCCGAAUCCACCCUUCCCCCUGCCAUCUGGGAACAAUUCACCCAUCUCUUUCCCCGCACCAACUUUAACAUCUACUUUAUCGGUCCCGAGGUCGGUCUUCCUCUCCUCGACAAAAAGUCUCCACGGCGGAUCGGCUACGAAUUCCAAGACACGGAAUACGGCGUCCCCGGCUACACCUUGAACGUCUCGCCUCGGCUCCAGCUCACCAGUCUCAAGGGCAACUACGAGAUGCUCCACGAGCAAUUGGGUCCGUUUGACCCUUAUACGGAUGUCUUUUUCGCAUUCAGCCCGGGGCUUGGCUUCCCGCACCAGGGACCUACCCCGGAGGAAGCAGAAGACAUCACGUUGGACCGGGCGGAGCAGGUCCCGGCGGCAGAGGUCAGCUCCAGCGCGGACGCCGCGGCGAACGCCUACUCUCUCCCAGAGGCGGAAACGACCACACCCAUCGACGCCGCCGGCUCGGUAGAAUCUCCUCAGCCCCUCGUUCAGGCGCAGACAUCCUGGCGCCAACCCCUUACCCAAAUUCUCAAAACCAAAUGCCCCAUCUUUUUUACCGCCUUUUCCCCUCUUGACCUCGAGCGGGACGUCUCUACUUUGUUUGGGACUGCUCCCCCUUCUGGCACCGCCGAAUUUCCCUCCUACGUCAAUCUCCCCACUCGGCCGGUCUCGCGUAUCCCAGGCGUAUCAGACGAGUUUGAGCUGGUGCUCUCUCCGGGAAAGAAUGAAUUUGGGAGUUUGAAGUGGGAGAUUGCCGAAUGGGACGUCAGAGUGGGGGUCAAGACGAAUUGGGGAGUAUGGGGGAUACGAGGGAAGAAGUAUGAAGUCGUGGGGGAGAAUAGCUUGUAA